ACAGUCGGAUUCCACUCUGGAUUUGGCCCUCACUGGUGAGAAUAGGCAGUCAGGAUCCAGAGGUGAUGCUGUGAGGUUGGAAAUCUGACUAAAAUUUGACGAAAAUUCUGUGGAUUCAGUAACAUCAUGCCUUCUGUGAGCUCCCUUCAAAGUAUGGUUCGCAGAGGAAGUAAUUCAAAUUCGACCAUGAAUGGGCUUUCCAAGACAUCUUUGGACCUCGAGGACACAAAAAGAAGACAUAACGCAUGGAAAUCCAGAAUACAUAACUUCAUCCAGAGUCCAUUGCCUUGGAGGAAAAUUAACAGACAGGAAACAAAUGAAACAAGCCUACUGGGAGAAUCUCUUGAGACGCUGCUUUCUCAGAAAUGUGGACAAAUAGCUUUUCGGGACUUUCUGAAAUCAGAGUUCUGUGAGGAAAAUCUGGACUUCUGGCUCGCCUGUCAAGAGUUCAAAACCUCUGACAGUGAAGAGGAGCUUACAAGGAGAGCAGCAAGUAUUUAUGAAGAGUUCAUCAGGGCUGAGUCUCCAAAACAGGUAAACUUAGAUUUCUACACAAGAGAGAUCAUCAGCCAGAGUCUCCAGCAACCAGCUCCAUCAUGUUUUGUUGUAGCACAAAAGAAAAUCUACAGCCUGAUGGAGAACGGCUCCUUCCCACGCUUCAUUCAGUCAGAGCAAUACAAAGUCCUGUCUGAAGCAGUUUCUAAGCAGAGAGGCCUCCGGAAGCAAAGAACGGCCUUGAAGAUAAGGAGCACUGGAGAUCUAAUGCAGCAUGAUUCAAAACCAAUCAGUUUGCAGUGUGAGCGCUAGCUGUUGCACAAGAGCUGACAUCAGUGAUGUUGGUGGUAUAAAGUGUGUGCAAAGACACAUGUUCAGGAUCUGUUGUUGACAGAUACUGUUGUUGACAGACACUUCUCAGCUUAGCAAUGCCACGGCAACCACACAAUGUCUGACAAGACUGAAAGCUGUGCCAGAGGAAUAGACAUAUACACUGCAGGCGGUGCCAUCUGAUGCAAAGUGAGCACAGGGUAUCACUGAAGGUUAAAUUGUGGUUAUUAACCCCAUGGUGUUCCUGGCUGCACAGAUAAUGUCUUAAAUAAAAACCUUGAUAUAUUUAUGGUUUUAUACAAAUGAAAUACACACAA